AAAGGCACACUGAUGAAACCAUGGCACCAAGAAGGAUAAGAAAAAUCAGCAAUCAGGCAGAAGGACACACAGAUGGUCAAAUUAGCAAAGAGAUGCGCCAAAAGCGAGGGGCGCUUUUUAUUCAACAGUUCGAGAAAGAAGCACAGGACCGUAUAAACGAGAUGGAGGCAAAAUUGGAGCAGACUCUUGCAACAGUAGAUCAGGCUUUCAAAGUGGAAUUGAUGAAAAUGCCACCUGCGCUUCAAAAAACCCUGAUAAUGGAUUUAAUAAAUGCGGAUGACAUUUCGGCAGGUGAAGUCACAAUCGCCAUAAAGACCGAGUCACCCGAGAUUCACCAGCCUCUCACUAGGAAGCUCAGUAAAAAAGUCAAAGUAAGUGAAGGUGCAUCGGCUCAUAAACGGAAGACUACAACAGAACCAUCAAAGGGUUCCAAGAAAGCCAGAUUACUUGCCAAUAGCUCAAGCACUGGAAGCCUACGAUCUGUUUUGCAGUCAGCCAGUGAUGACCACCUGUAUUGCUCCCUGUCUGGAUUGUCUCCACAUGUAACAAUCCCUACAGCCCAUGGAGAGACAUUGUGCCUCUCGGAUGAUACUGUUGAAGAUGCCGACAUUGGGUUACUGGAUGACAUGGCUAUUCUCCAGAUGCAGAAGUUGAUGAAACUGAUUGACUACCUUUACAACAAAGUCAAAGCGAAUCAGCAAUGAUACCAAGACAUCUAACGUUGAUCCACUAAUGCCACCUAUGCAUGUUUUACGUUCAAAUUAAAAGUUGUGAUUCAAUAAAUUGUAUUUGUAUA